AUCACCUCCUGCGUGACUUAUGAGAAGCACACGGGGACGAGAGCUGAUGCAAACCGCAACUGAGACACUUUCUGUCCACGUCUGACCGGGCCGAGGUCGAGUGACGUGUGUGUGUGUGUGUGUGUGUGUGUCGUGUGAGGGAUGCUGAGGAGCCGUGGGAGGUGUUGAACUGUGAUGUGGUGUGUCUGUGACUCAUUGGCAGAGUGUGAAAGUUGCCGAGUCAGUCAAAUUAACUUCUCCGAGACAUUCGGAUCGUUGGACGUUUGCUGAGAGGAUACUAAUCACGGAUCGUGGCACACGUCACCUCGCCGAAGGUGAGCCGGAGCGCUGUCUGGGCUCUGAGGGCGAGGAUGAGGGCAGUGUUUGGGGGAUGGAGGUUCUGGACAGCAGAGAUGCUCAGGAUAAAGUCAGUCUGACGCCCAGCGAGGGCACGGAGCCCGGCAGUCCCGUCCCGUGUGUGGAGAUCUGGGCCGACACCGAAAACACACCGCUGAAAACCCCAGCCGCAGACCCUGAACACUGUCAGACUGACGCUCGAGUGAUGGACGGCGCUCCGCAUUUCGACACCGUGGUGCAGCUGAGGAAAGUAUCUCGCCUGCAACAGCACAACGGAGUCGUGAGCUCGUACCAUUUAGACGACGCUCAGGGCGAGAUGUCGCCCGUCUGCUGGUCACCAGGAGAACACGAGUCACCCGAGGGCAAAGACGGUGUUCAGGCGUCUCUGCGGGAACAUGUGAAGUUCUGUCAGGACAGGGAUGGAGGAGACAGUGUGUGUCCUCUGUGUGGAUACAGUACACCGCACCGCGCUCAGAUGGAGCAUCACUUAACCCUCCACAGCCAGACGCACCAAAAGAGCCCCAUGUCCGAGUCCGGUUCGGAGAACAGGAAGUUCAAGUGUAAUCAGUGUGGAAAGGCUUUUAAAUACAAGCAUCACCUCAAAGAGCACCUGCGCAUUCACAGCGGUGAGAAGCCGUACGAAUGCUCGAGCUGUAAGAAGCGUUUCAGUCACUCGGGCUCCUACAGCUCACACCUCAGCAGUAAGAAGUGCCUCAGCGGCGGCACGCUGGGAAACGGAGCUCAUUAUAACGGGUACCUCUUCCCGUCGCCCACAUCGCCCCCUGCUGUCAGCGGGAGGAACAGCAGCCGAGGGAAGAGAUCUCCGUACGGGCCGCUGGCUCAGUUCCCGCUGGAGUCGUCUGUUCCCGUCCUGAGCCGGUCGUGGGACCCGGCGGAGGAUCUGGCGCUCAGGGCGGGUGUGUUUAAGGGCACCACGCUGCUGCCGCUGCUACAGUCACGCAGCAAAUUCGAGCAUCUGCUGCAGGAGAUGCUGCGGAGGGAGGUGGGAGAUGAGAAACAAGCAAAUUCUCGGGUGAACAGUGACACCCAGACGUCGCCCACCACCAAUCACUCGCCCUAUAGAGAGCUCUCGCCGGCGCAGCGAACAUCCUGGCAUUCUGUGCCACAGCAGAUCCUCGUGCCUUUACCGCCCCCAGCGCAGCUGGAUAACCGCUGGCCGAGCGAAGAAAGCGUCAGCCCGAUGUCACCCGCUUUACCUGAACGCCAGCAUCUGAUUGGCUCGCGCUUCGGCUCUCCUUCAAGGGUGGACCUGUCUAUCAACACAUCACCACGGCAACCAAACCAUAUUCAAAGCGAGCCUUUGGACUUGUCAAUUCCUAAACUGCAUUCGGUCCAUAACGCAUCACGGAAUCCGGCGUGUAACGGCUACUCGCUGCACCACGACAGACGCGACGGCGAGGGCGUGUUCACGAGACUGACUCCGCCCUCACAGCAGCAUGUGGGCGGGGCUUAUGCGGCAUCGCCGCUGUUCAGCAGCACAUUGUUCAGCAGCUUCCCGGUCUUCAAUCACAUGAUCCCCGCCGGUCUGGGACACAACGGUCUGACGUCACUUCCUCUCACGCCAACCUCACCAAAUACAGGCUUCCUGUCUCCAGUGGCGUAUAUGGUGGAGGCGGAGUCAGAAUUAGUGCUUAAGAGAAUGCAACAUGAAAAACAUUCAAUCAUGACUGAAGCGCUGAGCCGCGGCGCUCUGGAGUAUCUGUGUCUGAUGGAGGAUGGGAUGGAUGGAGAGAUCAGUCCUGGGAGGAAGAGGCUGAAGAAGACGGAGGAAGGACUUUACGCCUGCGACAUCUGCGACAAAACCUUCCAGAAGAGCAGCUCUCUGCUGCGCCAUAAAUAUGAGCACACAGGGAAGAGACCUCACGAGUGUGUGAUCUGUAAGAAGGCGUUCAAACACAAGCAUCAUCUGAUUGAACACAGCCGCCUGCACUCCGGAGAGAAACCGUAUCAGUGCGACAAGUGCGGCAAACGCUUCUCACACUCGGGCUCGUACUCGCAGCACAUGAACCACCGCUACGCCUUCUGCAGCCGCGACAGCGACCCGGACGCCGACCCCCAGCCGAGCCCCGUCACAGAGUCACACGACUGCAGCUCGGAGGACGAGAACACGCUCGGCAGAAACACUUAUGAGAGAGACCAGCCGACAGACGGAGAGCAGACGCUCCUUCAGUGCUCACCAAAGAUGUGAAACAAACACAAUCGAUCGAUCAAUGCCAAGCUUCUCAGAAAACCUGACAAAGUCAUACUUCACCACAUCAAAACAACAACACAAAUUAAAUAUCAAAAAGAUUUAGAAGUAUUGUGAUGCACAUGUGUAUGCACCAUGCCUAAAAAGAAUUGCAAUAUAUUACAAUCUGAAAUGGUUUCGAAAGGAGGCCUUUUCUUUUUCUUUAUGCGAAAUAGAAUUACAAAAAAAAUUAAUUCUUCUAAGAAUAUGUCAAAUUUCAACAAAAAAAUCAUAAAAAUACAUAAAUAUGAAAUUAGAUUUUACAUAAAGAAAAUGUGCCUGUUUUUGGAAAAAUAUUUAAUAUUUUUCAUACUGGCGUUUAGAUUCGUAUUAGCAUAAAGAAAAUAAUUAAUAAACAAAAUAAAAAUCUAAUUAUUGUAAUGCACAUUAUAUUUAUAUUGAAUUUGUU